UCCUCCAGCACUCCCGGCCCCUGCCACUUAUUCUCGCUCUCUGCGAUGUGCUUCAGCUCAGCAUUAAUUUGGCAAGAAUCUACAUGCUCUUGUGUGCCUACAGUGCUUGACUGUAAAUCAUUAUAUAUUGAUCUGCAGAGACAGGGCUACUCACACUGUUAUGCUGCAAAGCUUUUGGGGGUCUGUGCCUUGAAACAGAAAGGGGGGAUUGUAGAAUUACUCUGUUUAUCAAGAGAAACAAAAUAGCACAAUAAAUAGGAGGAUGGGAGCUGAAAAAUCAUCCGGAGCGCUGAAUUUAACCCACAGAGCUUGCUGACCUGUCUCUACAACCUGAUUCCAACCUGUACAGCUGUGCAUCAUGGCCAGGAAUACUGCACUGUACUUCAGGCUAGUGGAAGGCAAGAAUCUACCUGCUAAAGAUGUGUCGGGCACCAGUGAUCCAUACUGCAUUGUCAAAGUGGAUAAUGAAGUUGUGGCACGCACAGCCACCGUAUGGCGGGACCUGAAUCCUUUUUGGGGAGAGGAGUUUACCCUGCACCUUCCUCUAGGCUUCCAUACACUAUCAUUUUAUGUGAUGGAUGAAGACACAAUAGGACAUGAUGACGUGAUUGGCAAGAUUUCACUCAGCAAGGACUUAAUUGCAUCACAUCCCAGAGGUAUAGACAGCUGGGUUAACCUGAGCCGCGUGGAUCCAGAUGAGGAAGUCCAAGGGGAGAUUUAUUUGGAGUUGCAUAUAAUGCAGGACCAGUACAGAAGCACAUUGCACUGCCAUGUUCUCGAGGCCAGAGAUCUUGCACCUCGGGACAUCUCUGGCACAUCUGACCCUUUUGUCCGGAUAUUUUGCAACAACCAGACGCUAGAGACAACAGUGAUUAAACGAACACGUUUCCCACGAUGGAACGAGGUCCUGGAAUUUGACCUUAGAGGAAUAGAAGAGUUAGAUCCCAGUGAUCAAAUGAUCAGUAUUGAGGUUUGGGACUGGGACAUGGUUGGAAAAAAUGAUUUCCUGGGUCGGGUGUGGUUCCCCAUUGAGCCUUUACACAAAAGCCCUGCUGUGACUGGCUGGUUCCGUCUUCUGCCUUUUGGAAACACAGAGGAAGAGAAUGGAGGGAAGCUUGGAUCCCUGCGUAUUAAAGUGAGCCUUUCAGAGGAGAGGAUUCUGCCAUCACUUUACUAUCAGACUCUGAUCCAACUUCUUGUAGAGUCUGUCCAAUCUCCUGAUCAGAGUGACUGCAAUUUGCUGGCUCUUCUAGAGGAAAUUUGUUCUGCUGAGAGCCGUCAAGAAGUCGCUGUAAAGCUGGUGAAAAUUUUCCUGGGACAAGGACUUGCUGUUACCUUCUUGGAUAAACUCAACCAGCGAGAGGUGAAUCAGACAGUGGAUCCAAACACUCUUUUUCGUUCAAACUCCCUUGCAUCAAAAUGCAUGGAACAGUAUAUGAAGAUAGUGGGAAUGCCAUUUCUUCAUGAAAUUCUGAAGCCCAUUAUUAACAGGAUCUUUGAGGAAAAGAGAUACGUGGAGCUUGAUCCCUGCAAGAUCGAUUCAAAUCGCAGCAGACGUAUAUCCUUUAAGGGAUCAAUGUCUGAGCAUCAGAUUUUGGAGAGCAGUCUGGAGACAUUAAGGGGCUACUUGCGUGACAUCAUUGAUGCCAUAUUGGGGUCGGUUGAGCAGUGCCCAUCAGGCAUGCGUCUUUGCUUCAAGCAGCUACACAAAAGGGUGGAAGAGAAAUUUCCUGGACCAGUCUACCAGGAUGUGAAAUAUGCGGCCAUCAGUGGUUUCCUCUUCCUACGUUUUUUUGCACCUGCUAUCCUCACACCCAAACUGUUCCACUUGAGAGAGCACCACGCCGACCCCCGUACUGCACGCUCCCUCCUGUUGAUUGCCAAGGCAGUACAGAGUAUUGGUAAUUUGGGCCAGCAGCUGGGCUAUGGGAAAGAACAAUGGAUGUCCCCUUUGCAUCCCUUCAUUCAACAGAGUGUAGGUCGUUUGCGGGAUUUCUUAGAUAGGCUCAUAGAUAUGGAGAGUGAAACAGAGUGUGGUCAGAUAUCUCGGACACUGUUUCACCCAUCAAUUACUAUAAAGGAAGGCUUUUUACACAAACGGAAAGCUGAAGCUGUCAAUUUAGUGACUCGCUUUACCUUCAAGAAAAGAUACUUCUGGCUCAGCAGUCAGACUUUGUCCUAUUCUAAAUCACCAGAUUGGCAAGUGCGCUCUUCUAUCCCUGUGCAUCGGAUCUGUGCAGUGGAGAGAGUAGACGAAAAUGCUUUCCAGCACUCAAACAUGAUGCAGAUUAUCAGCCAGGACAGUGAGGCACAGGGAAGUCACAUUAUGUAUAUACAGUGCAAGAAUGUAAAUGAGUUGAAUCAGUGGCUCUCUGCCUUACGAAAGGUCAGUUUGUGUAAUCAACGUCUGCUGCCAACCUACCAUCCUGGGGCGUAUCGCAAUGCCCAUUGGACAUGCUGCCUGCAGUCUGACCGUACAGUGCGUGGGUGUAGUCGAACUCAUUUGGCUGUGACUUUGGGGGACUGGAGUGAUCCAUUGGAUCCCGAUGCUGAGGCACAGGUUCUUUAUCGACACCUACUGCUUUCAAAGGAUGUGCUCAGGGAUAAAUACUUGGAGAACACAAUGAAUGCAGAAAAGCCACAAUGUAAGGGUCACAGCGAGAAGGGUAAGAGCAUUGGUAUUGACAUUCAUUGUCCUAUGAUUUAUUAUAUCAAGCAAUACAGUGGUCCCCUCUUCUGUUUCAGCUAUGGCAGUAUCCUCCCCUGCAAGACGCCUGUUGUUAGCCAUUGAGGAUCUAGAAAGAGCUCACCAAGCCUUCGAAAAAAGGGAGAGGGAGGACACUCCUAUCCACGGUCACUGUACAUAGCAGGUCAAACCAAGCAGGCUGCUUUUGCUUCUGCUUUCUUUCCAUCCAAGUGAAAACACGGCCAUAGCUUUUUUUGUAAUCUUGUGGAUUUUCUUCACCCAAACAAAAAAAUAAUAAAGAAUCUGCUUGGCAGGUCAUUUGACUUGUAUUGUUCUCGA